GGCCAACCAUUUGAGAUUGGGUAUACUGGAUUGUCUCUGACUCACCAGUAUGUCCGUUUUGUACGGUUUCAGUUACGACCUCUAUUUUAGACAUGUUAGUAUACGACGAAAAAUGGCAGCGUGGUAGAAAAAGAAGGAAUGUAAAUAAGGAGAUGAAUUUGGAACGUCAAAUGCAAUUGGAAAUGGUCAAACUGAUGGAAUUAUGGGUUGAAGCCAGGAUUAUCGAUCAUAGGAGUGUGACGAUAUCCCACGGUGAAGUGAACAAGAAAGUGGUUGCGGAGAGACGGCGAUUUUUGUUUAUGGGGGACGGGGAAAGCGGGCACCAAGCUGCAUUUCUUGCUGGGAGUCUAACCUGUAAAAAACCAUCGAGGUCGACAACUUGCGUGACCAGAAUGUCGCGCAAAUGGCGGCGUGGUGCCCUCGGAACUAUCGGUGUCACGCUCAUCCGGGGCAAAAUCCACCAACUCCGCAAUUGUGCCACAAACCUGACGCGCAAUUAUGUGCCCCAUUCCCCGCGUUUUGAAGGGGUUUAUUGAUCUCGACAAUAAUCACUUGCUCACCCACCAGUCUGGUUUGAGCCCCUACUGCUUCAACCUGCAGAUCCCCUGAAACUCAAAAGGCACCAAACCCAUAUGCUUGACUAGGUUGAAUCCAACCCAAUUCCUAUUCGCGUCGUCACCACCACUUUCCAUCAAUCUUCCUGUGCUGACUUUAGCAUUUGAUGUCUCGCGGAGUGCAUAAACCUUAUUACUUCCCCACUUCGUUCUAAAAAAAGUCGCAAAAAAAUCCAUAUACAUACCUAUUGCCCGAUGCUUCUUUGAUUCACCACCAAAGGUGAGUCUCAUAAACUUGUGCUUGAUUCCGUCGUUUUUCUUACGGGAGCUUGUCA